UAUUUUGACAAGUGCUUCCGACCUUGCCCGCUGCUCCAGGGAUUGCACCGCACAAGGAUUGUUUUGCGGGGGAUGGAGGCGAUUGCCAGUCAGAUGGGAACGGGGAGAGACUCAAGCUCCUCCCCGAAUUCAAAGCAAGAGCUGCAGCCCUACUCGGGCGCCAAUCCCCUCAAGCCCAACCAAGUGGGUGAGACCUCCCUGUACGGCGUGCCCAUAGUGUCCCUGGUCAUCGACGGGCAGGAGCGCCUGUGCCUGGCGCAGAUCUCCAACACCCUGCUCAAGAACUACAGCUACAAUGAGAUCCACAACCGGCGGGUGGCGCUGGGCAUCACCUGCGUGCAGUGCACCCCGGUGCAGCUGGAGAUCCUGCGGCGGGCCGGGGCCAUGCCCAUCUCGUCCCGGCGCUGCGGCAUGAUCACCAAGCGGGAGGCGGAGCGGCUCUGCAAGUCCUUCCUGGGCGAGCACAAGCCGCCCAAGCUGCCGGAGAACUUCGCCUUCGACGUGGUGCACGAGUGCGCCUGGGGCUCGCGGGGCAGCUUCAUCCCGGCCCGCUACAACAGCUCCCGGGCCAAGUGCAUCAAGUGCGGCUACUGCAGCAUGUACUUCUCGCCCAACAAGUUCAUCUUCCACUCCCACCGCACGCCGGACUCCAAGUACACCCAGCCCGACGCCGCCAACUUCAACUCCUGGCGCCGCCACCUCAAGCUGAGCGACAAGACGGCCACGGACGAGCUGAGCCACGCCUGGGAGGAUGUCAAGGCCAUGUUCAACGGCGGCACCCGCAAGCGGACCUUCUCCCUGCACGGGGCCGCCGCCGCCUCCUCGGCCGCCAAGGCCGCCCUGCACCCGCCGCCGCCCGGCGGAGCCGAGCUGGCCCCGGUGCACAAGAGCCUACGCUGCAGCGGCGAGGAGGCGCCCGGGGAGCGCGGCGCGCUGAGCCUGGCCGGGGCGCACGGCGGGGCGGCCGGGGCGCACGGCGGGCCCGGCGCGGUGCGCAGCUACCCGGUUAUCCCGGUGCCCAGCAAAGGCUUCGGGAUGCUGCAGAAGCUGCCGCCGCCGCUCUUCCCGCACCCCUACGGCUUCCCUGCCGCCGCCUUCGGGCUCUGCCCCAAGAAGCAGGAGGACUCGCUGGGUGGAGCCGGCGGGGGCGAGCCGGGCAAAGGGGGCGCCCUGCCGCCGGGCAUGUUCUGGGGCCACCCGCACCCCCACCAACCCCAGCAGCCGCCGCACCAGGCCGGCGCCGGCAAGGACAGUGGCGUCUACCCUCCCUUCCCCAUGUUCUGGCCGGCCGCCGGCAGCCUGCCCGUGCCACCCUACCCGGCCCAGAGCCAGGCCAAAGCGGCCGCCACCGCCGUGGUGGUGGCGGCCGCCGCAGCCGCCGCCGCGGCCGCCGCCGACCCGCCCGGCCUGGGAGGCCGCCAUAGCGAGCUGGAGGGCUCGGAGCCGUCGGGGAGCGGGCGCAGCAGCGCCACCCCGCAGGAGGGCUCCGGGGCGGACGGCGAGCGCUGCUCCAGCGCCCUCUCCAGGGCGGCCGCCGAGGAGGAGCGGUCCGGGGACGAGGCGCUGCUGCCUCCGCUGCCCCUGCCCAGGAAGGGCAGCUACCUGUCCGCCUUCCGCCCCGUGGUGAAGGACGCGGAGAGCAUCGCCAAGCUGUACGGCACCCGGGAGGCCUACGGCGGGGCGGGCCGGGGCGCGGCCGGCUACCUGUCCCCGGACUUCCUCAGCGAGGGCAGCUCCAGCUACCGCUCCCUCUCGCCGGGCGCCGACACGGCCGACGAGCCCGAGGUGGACGUGGAGUCCAACCGCUUCCCCGAGGACGAGGAGGAGGCGGCGGCGGCCGUCGAGGAGGCGGAGGAGCUGCAGCUGCUGCCCAGGGCCGAGGAGCCGCCGCCUGGGGCAGAGGAGAAAGGCGGCGAGCAGGGGCCGGAGGAGGGGAACCUGCCGCCGCCUGAGGGGAGCCCGCAGAGGAGCAGCAGCAGAGGCGGCUACGAGGUCUACGCCCGGGAGAGAGAAGAUCAUCUGCAGACUCUGAAGAACGCUGCUUCGCUGGGGCCUGCAACCACUUAUCUUUGCAACCCUGAGGCAAAUGAGCAAGAUAAGGACGACAAUCACUCGACAGCAGAGGAUUUAGAGACCAGCAAAUCCUAUCAAGACCAAAGGAAUGUCUCGCAUCCAAGCCCUGUAAAUACCGACAGAGGUGAGGAAGGUCUCAGCAUUGACUUUAUGGGGACCCAACUAGUUGAAAAAGACAUUGAAAAUCUGGCAAGAGACGAGUUGCAAAAACUGCUCCUGGAGCAAGUGGAGCUUAGGAAGAAAUUAGAACGGGAAUUCCAAAGUCUGAAAGAUAAUUUCCAGGAUCAGAUGAAGAGGGAGCUGGCGUAUAGGGAAGAAAUGGUCCAGCAACUACAAAUUGUCAGAGAUACCCUGUGUAACGAACUGGAUCAGGAGAGGAAAGCUCGCUACGCCAUCCAGCAGAAGUUAAAAGAGGCCCAUGACGCGCUCCACCACUUCUCCUGCAAAAUGCUCACGCCUCGCCACUGCACGGGGAACUGCUCCUUCAAACCGCCCCUGCUGCCCCAAGCCAGCCGCUCCCGGCGCAAAGCCGAGGCUGUAGGCGAGAUCCGCUGUUCAGGCCCCAGUUCCUCUCCCCGGGACUCGCUGCUGCUGCUCGCUGGGACCAGGCCGGCUCCGCAGCGCCUAGGUGUGAGGACAGCGGCUUCCUAG